CUCGUGCGUCAGCCCUUCCCCGUCGCCCAAGAUGGGCAGGGGCGCGGCUUCCCCCCUUCAAAAGCCCCACGCGCGACGCGUGGCUCCGAAGCAGCGCCUCAACCGCGAGGGAGAAAGACCUCAGCCGGGUCCCUGCCUGCUUGGGACAGAUUCCUUGCGGAUUGCGCUGCCCUCCUUCCCUCUCCCCGCCGUCUCCGUGGGGCCUCGCGUCGUGGGCUCUUUCCUUCCCAUGCGGCCGCGGACCAUGUCUCACAACUACCUCCUCGCACCCAUCCAAGAGCUGCCCUCCGAUUUCCUCGUCAAGGACGUGAAGCUGGCCGUGCUGGGCACCGGGAGCGUGGGCAAAAGCGCAAUGAUAGUACGGUACCUGACCAGGAGAUUUAUUGGAGAUUAUGAACCCAAUACAGGGAAUCUGUAUUCAAGACUUGUUCAUGUUGAAGGUGAUCAAAUUUUCUUGCAAAUCCAAGACACCCCAGGAUGUAUUGAGGUUCAAGAAGACAUUCCACAGAUGUUGGAUUCGCUGUCCAGGUGUCUUAAGUGGGCAGACGGUUUUCUCUUGGUUUAUUCAAUUACAGACUACAACAGCUACCAAUCUAUUCGUCCGCUCUACCAACACAUCCGAAAGAUUCGUCCUGAUGCUAAAACCCCUGUUGUCAUUGUUGGCAACAAAGGGGACUUGACUCAUUCUAGACAGGUCGCGGUGAACGAUGGCUUCCAGUUGGCCAAUGAACUGGGCAGUGUGUUUCUCGAAGUUUCCACUAGCGAUAAUUACCAAGGUGUGUGUGACGUGUUUCAGUAUCUUUGCAAGGAAGUCAGCAAAGCACACAGCUGUGGCAGUGGAGACAAACGGAGGUGCUCUGUCAUUCCCCGCCCCAAAUCACCAAACAUGCAGGAUCUCAAGAGACGUUUCAAACAGGCUUUGUCUUACAAAAUCAAAUAACCAGCGGCCUGAAGCUCCUGCUGAACAGACUGUUUUAUAAACUAUAUAUUUCUAAGAAGAUUUUAUUUUUGUACUGGAGCUCUUUGUCUAUGUUUGAAAGAAUACAACUUUCUUGCAAUGUUUCGAUAUGAAUGAACUCUCCUCCCAACAAAAAUAUGAUGUGUUGCAACAAAAUAAAAUUGGGAAAGAGAUGGACCCAAGUUGCCAAUUUCUAUAUUUGAUGGUUAUUUGAUGCUUAACUUAGGAUGCAUGCAGUAGACAUAUUUCUACACUGUCAGAUUUCAGAAGCAAUCAUAAAAUGUCCUACAUUUUAAUAUUUCAGUGUUAACUGGUUGAAGGACUGGGGAGCUGGCAUCCUCAGCACACUCUGAAACACACUGAAAUCCAAUUGAUACGGCCAGCCCUAGUAUUAGGCAAAGGGAGUCAUUUGCCUCAUCUGACAGAAGCUGCAGGGCACAGUCCCUUUAUCACUCCUUCCGAUCCAUCCAACAAUCCCCUCUUGUUAGUGAACAGAGCUAGAGCCACCCCACAGCCUGUUCUGUACCCUUUAAAGCAGUAGUUCUCAACCUUUGGGUCCCCAGAUGUUUUGGCCUUCAUCUCCCAGAAAUCCUAACAGCUGGCAAACUGGCUGGGAUUUCUAGGAGUUAUAGGCCAAAAUACCUGGGGACAUUUCAGGUUGAGAACUACUGCUUUAAGGUAACCUGUAAACCUCAGUGAUGGAGAACCAAGAGUGUGUAUCUACUGAAGUAAUAGCAGUUUGGUAGCAUUUAACUGUCAUGGCUGCAUUCUAUGGAAUCCUAAGAUUUGUAAGUUAUGGGUGUCUUUAAACUUUAAUUCUUUAGUUCUCUUUUCUCACCAGCCUACAAGAUUCUGUAGGACAGAUCCAUGGCUGUUACAGUGGUAUCUAUGUUGGAGAUAUAUCCCGAGUCUAAUAAAUAAUGUCAAAAUAAGAUUCUAUCCCCAAUGGAAUUGUUGUAGGGGGUCUCUUUUGCCUCGGGCAGAAAAAUAUAUUGGUUGGCCCUUCCUAUGGAUUGAUUUUUGCUUAAACGUAAAGGAUGCCUGUUCCUUCAAUACCUAAAUUUGAGAAUAGAAUUGCAACAUGACCAAUUCUGUAAAAAUAUGGUAAACUAUGAGUUUAUAUAAUUGCAAAAUAAAAUUAUUAGAUACAAUUGUAAAAAUGUGCAUCUUUUUGAAAAUAA